UCCCUCGGCCUCCUGAUGAAGGAGGGCGUGAUGAGCCGCCGCCGCUUCUCCACGUACAGCGGCACGGCGGCGUUCCGACCUCCGCACCCCGACGGACGCAAGCUCAUCCGCAACGCCUCCUUCGGGGGCUACAACGAGCUGCCGCCACUGCCAGGUUUCGAGAGAGGGAAGGAGGACCUCUUGCCUCUGCCUUUGAAAGAGGACUCACAUUCCAUAUCCAAGAGCAAGUCUGAGACCAAGUUGUACAAUGGCUCAGACAAAGACGUGUCGACCUCCGGAGGAAAACUCACCAAGAAGGAGUCGCUCAAGGUGCAGAAGAAGAACUACAGAGAGGAGAAGAAGAGGGCGACCAAGGAGCUGCUCAGCACCAUCACGGACCCGUCUGUCAUCGUCAUGGCCGACUGGCUCAAGAUCCGGGGCACUCUGAAGAGCUGGACCAAGCUGUGGUGCGUGCUGAAGCCGGGCGUCCUGCUCAUCUACAAGACCCACAAGAACGGCCAGUGGGUCGGCACGGUGCUGCUCAACGCCUGCGAGCUCAUCGAGAGGCCCUCCAAGAAGGACGGCUUCUGCUUCAAGCUCUUCCACCCGCUGGAGCAGUCCAUCUGGGCCGUCAAGGGUCCUAAAGGAGAAGCAGUGGGCUCCAUCACUCAGCCAUUACCCAGCAGCCACCUCAUCUUUCGCGCCACCUCAGAGUCUGACGGGCGGUGCUGGAUGGACGCCUUAGAGCUGGCCCUGAAGUGCUCCAGCCUGCUGAAGAGGACGAUGAUCCGCGAGGGCAAAGAGGACCUGAGCACCGUGGCCACCGGAGGAGAACACUCCAUCAACUUCUACAGCCUCCUCCGAGCGCACAACAUCCACGGCUUCCAGUUCAACGACAGCGACCACCUGAAGGACCCGGACCUCUACUCGGACAAGUCGGACCGGGAGGGCGAGCAGGACCACGAGGAGUCGGACCCAGAGGGCCUGGAGAAGAGCGAGGAGAGCGACAGCGACACGUCGGAGCGGCAGGACGACUCCUACAUCGACCUGGACCCCAACGAGCACCUGAGGGAAACCCCGUACCUGGAGCAGUCCCACGAGGAGCUCGGAGAGGCUGGUGAAGCUGCCCAGACUGAGACGGUGUCGGAGGAGAACAAGUCUCUGAUCUGGACUCUGCUGAAGCAGGUGCGGCCCGGCAUGGACCUGUCCAAGGUGGUGCUGCCCACCUUCAUCCUGGAGCCGCGCUCCUUCCUGGACAAGCUGUCUGACUACUACUACCACGCAGACUUCCUGUCCGAGGCUGCGAUCGAAGAGAACGCCUACAACCGUCUGAAGAAGGUGGUGAAGUGGUACAUCUCUGGGUUCUACAAGAAGCCAAAGGGGUUGAAGAAGCCGUACAACCCCAUCAUUGGAGAGACGUACCGCUGCAUGUGGCUCCACCAGAACACCAACAGCAAGACCUUCUACAUCGCAGAGCAGGUCUCCCAUCAUCCUCCGGUCUCCGCCUUCUACGUCAGCAACAGGAAGGACGGCUUCUGCCUCAGCGGCAGCAUCCUGGCCAAGUCCAAGUUCUACGGAAACUCCCUGUCGGCCAUCUUGGACGGGGAGGCUCGGCUGAACUUCCUGAACCGAGGGGAGGACUACGUGAUGAACAUGCCCUACGCUCACUGCAAAGGCAUCCUGUACGGCACCAUGACCCUGGAGCUGGGCGGCCAGGUGACCAUCGCGUGUGAGAAGACGGGCUACAGCGCGCAGCUGGAGUUCAAGCUGAAGCCCUUCCUGGGCAGCAGUGACAGUGUCAACCAUGUCUGUGGAAAGAUCAAGCUGGGGAAGGAGGUGUUGGCGACGCUUGAAGGACACUGGGACAGCGAGAUCUUCAUCCACGACAAGAAGACGGGGACGGUGGACACCUUCUGGAACCCGACCACGGAGCUGAGGCAGAGCCGCCUGACGCGCUGCACCGUCCCCCCAGAGGAGCAGGGGGACUCGGAGUCAGAGAGGCUCUGGCAGCACGUGACGCGGGCCAUCAACAACAAGGACCAGACCGAGGCCACCAAUGAGAAGUUCAUCCUGGAGGAGGUCCAGAGGAAGUCCGCCAGAGAACGGAAAGCCAAGUGCGAGGAGUGGAACCCCGCUCUGUUCGAGCAGGACCCCGUCACCGGAGAGUGGCACUACAGAUAUGCAGACACGAGGCCGUGGGAUCCGCUCAACGACUUGAUCCAGUUCGAGAAAGACGGCUGUAUCCAGACCAAGGUCCGGCACCGCACCCCCAUGGUACGUUCUGGCAGUCUUAUUAGUCUGAGUAACCAGGGGCCGCGGAGGGACAAUUGCAAGUGCCAGGUAGGUCGUCCCGAUCGAAACGCCACACACACAAUGACCACGCAGCUCGCCACGCAGCACCUGGUGCUCCAACUCCAUUGUCGCUUCUCUCUUGUGUCGCGAUCGCCGUUGUCGCUUCCUCCUCUUUUCUUUUCUGUUCCUCCCGCCAGCUGCUCUCUGUGCGGGGGGCAGCUGAUGUGUGUGCACGUGAAGUUAAGUCAGAGUGCACGUGAAGUUGUGUCAGAAGCUGCAGCCAUCUUGUUUCCCUCAGGACACAAGAUGAAACACAGCAGCCGGCUGAGGAAGAAAGGAGCCGACCUCAGCGAGCUGCAGAGCGCCGUGGACGCCAUCAAGCAGACGCAGGAGGACAUCAACAGGAACAUCGGCGUGCUGCGGAGUCGGGCCGCCGGCCGGGCGGAGGGCGGCUCCUUCCUCCAGCAGCGCGACUACGUCAUCAUCGCUCUGCUCAUCCUCCUCCAGGUCUUCAUCAACUACGUCUUCAAGUAGCAGCCACACCCCGAGGAGAGGACACACACACACACUCACACACACACACACACACACACUCACACACACACACACACACACACACACACACACACACACACACACACACACACAC